AUGCCCUCUAUGGAAUUGCCUGCUGCUGUUCAGGAGAAGCUCAUCGAAUUGGCCGAUGAAAACAGCCAGUUGAAAGUAGAGGUGCAGCGGCUGAGCGCAAAGCUGUCUAGCAGGGAUGAAAUACUAAAUGAACUAGAAGAAGAAAACCUCCAACUCCGCAAUAAGCUAAAGCACGGUCAAGCAGGAGAUCCUAAAUUGGAAGCGCUGCAGCGGAAAAUCGUUUCUCUGGAGGCCACGAUUGAGGAGAAGACUUUGAGUUCGUGCAGGAUGGCAGAACAAAUAAAAGCGCUUACUGCUUCGUUGAAUUCAGCUAACAGCGAAAUCAGCGAGUUGCGAAAGGUUGAUUCAGGAGGGAUACCCGAAGAAACCAUUUUACUCGAGCCUUCUAACAAUGUUGAUUUGGAACGAGUUCAAGAAGAGAGAGACGAUGCAGUAUUCGAGUUGCAACGGGCUACACAUCGUAUUGCUGCGCUGGAAGCAGAAAAGAACGACUAUGCGGACCGUGCAGAAGCGGCGUCAACGGAAGCCCGUGACAUGGCCCGACAUAAUAAGGACCUCCGUGAACAACUGCACGAACUGGAAGCAGAAGUUGCAGCAUCCCGAACUAACACUGGUAUUGCAAGCCGAGGUAACUCUAUGUUUGCAGAAUUUGCGGAGGAACGCCUCAAGCUUGAGGACGAUCUAAAAGAGCUUUAUCACAAGUACAAUGCCCUCCGUAAGGAGAAUUCUCAGCUAGCCAAUGAGCUUGACGAGGCGCGCCUAUUGGCUUUACGGCGAGGAAGAAGAGAGGAAACUCACCGAUGCCGGUGUCAACAGUUGUCAGCGGAACUUGUUGAACUGAGAGGAAGAGUGCGAACACUUGAUGACCGGCUGGCCAUCGCAAGAAACGAUCUCAUAGAUAAAUCCAUAAAAUCUAGUGGUAUAGAUGCGCUUCUGAAGUCUUCGUAUAAAUCUGUGAAAUUGGAAAUGGAGUCCCUUCGACUGGAGCGCAAUCAGCUGCGUGAUGAGCGCGACGAACUUUUCGAUAAGAACGCAUCUCUUAAUGCACAAACACCAGCAGAACGACAAGCUCGUAGUACAGAGUCUUUCAACUCACGUAUGCCUGCACCACCAUCUAAGACACCUUUGAAUGUCCCUUGUGGAACUCCUAUUCAUGAAGAUCAGCAAAGGUCUUAA